AUGGCUAGUAUGUAAUGUUUCAGGAAGUUGAAAAGUGGAGAAGAUUUAGCUUUUUCCCCCUAGCAGCAAUCAUCACGUCUUUCUGUUUUAUUUGAGAGUCAAACAAACGUGCAGAUAUGUCUGUGGAUUGGCUUGGUUAUGGUUAUGCUGCUCUAAUAACGAUAGGAGGGAUCGUUGGUUGUGUUAAAGCCGGUAGUUUUAUCUCUCUGGUUACUGGGCUGAUGUUUGGCAUUGCAGCAUUUUUUGGUGCUUAUCAGAUGUCAAAAAAUGACAAAGAUAUCUGGGUUUCAAUGGGCACCUCUGGAUCACUGACUGCUCUAAUGGGAGCGAGAUUUUUGAGUUCAUGGAAGAUUAUGCCAGCUGGACUCAUGGCAGGAGCAAGUUUAUUGAUGUUCCUGAGGAUUGGUGUUAAAGUGCUGCAGAAUUCUCAAAAAAAGAAAAGAUGACACUUUACAGACGACUACAUGCAGAUCUUGAGGACAUAGAUGUACUGAAAUACUUUCAUUAUACAUUUUAUACUAGAUAUAUGAAAAUGACAAUAAAAUAACCAUUUUAUAAUAAAAUUCAA